AUGGCUAGGCAGAUUUUCACCUAUCAAGGUUUCUUCCUUAGCAAAACAGCAAUGAGUAACACGGGCGCGGACGACGCCCAGCCUUUGGGAGAAGACGGCAGUCAGCCCCAGGACACGGCGCCCAACGCCUCAAUCCAUAGAGCAACAACGCCCGGCUCACCACGGGCCAACAGUGGGGUAGCUGUCACCGGUCUCCCACCGGUCCAGGCAGCACCACCCCACGCCUUCACCGGGGAACACAGCACCCAGAAUGCCGAUCUCGGAGGCAUCCCAUCGCACGUGGCCGUGCACCCACUACAGGAGCUCGCCGAAGGCCCAUCCACCUCACGGGUGGCUCUACGACGACUCGCCAUCGCCGGCGACGCAACUGUGGCCGCCAUCCAGGGAGGACGGCCACACGAAAACAUCGGGGAACUCCAGCUCCUACGACGGGAGAACGCAGCCCUCCGAAGCGAGCUGAAGCGUCUGCGACAGCGGGAGCAGGAGCGACGACCCCCUACGGGUGCGUUGAAAGGCGAGCCACGACACCACCAAAGAUGGAAGUCACCCCCACCACCACUAGCGGUACAAAAACGCCUCGGCUCCUGGCCUCCUCCGCCAGGCACAGCCCGGAGGACAGUCCGUAAAAAGAGGGACCCAGCACCGCACAGCAGCACCGAUAGCGAGGCAGAGGUCUUGCGGGAUGGAUGCUUUGGAAAGGCCCGGCUCUCCAUGGCAACGCGACACCCAGCCACCGAAAGCAGCCACCAGCCCCGACUAAGGGAAGCUUGCCCCUCAGCUGGCAGUGGACAUGGUCACGGCCUCGGACGGUGGGCAGUGAGAGAGGAGACGGAGCUGAGCGAGAAGACGGAGCCGAGCGAGGAGGAGGGACCAGGCGAGUCCGAAACUCUGGCCGACAGCGGGAAAGGUCGGGGUGACGACGAAAGUACGGAGGAAUACCCGCGGACGGAGUCGGGCAUCGACGACGGGCGAGACACUCCACCAUCAGACCCACGGGGAGACACUCCGCUUCCCGAACCACGACCAGCCACGCCGCCACCAGAACUGCGGGCAGACACUCCGCCUUCACAGCCACGGGCAGCCACCCCGCCACCAGAGCUGCGGGCGGACACUCCGCCACCAGACCCACGGGUGACCAGUAGUAGCAAUGCCCAGGAAGAGGAAGACGACCUCUCGAUCGGAACCGGUACCAGAACCAGCACAUCGGAACCAGCACAUCUGAACCAGCAUAGGAACCAGCACAUCGGAACCAUCAUUGGAACCAGCACAUCGGUACCAGCCCACCAGAACCAGCGCCGGAACCACCACCGCGAGCGGUCAGCCAGCACCUCGUACCCUGCCCUCGAACCCAAGCGCGGCGAGGCGUCCCACUUCGACGGGGUCUACGUCCCACUGGGCGUGCCCUAUGUCCUAUCGACCAGACGGCCCGCCGCCCUACGUUUACGUCCUACCCAAGCGGCACCGCGCACCGCCUAUAUGCCUCCCCGACCCCGUCUCUAUGGUCUUCAAUAA